CUCACACACACACACACACUCAGUCGCUGUUUCUCUCUCACACACACACACGACGGUCAUGGCGUCUGAAACGAUGGAGAUGAACGGAGAUGCCGACAGAUACAAAGAAGACGGAGAGACUUCGAGACAGGGAUACCGGAGGAGGAGGAUGUCGCCCCCACUCAACAUGAACCACUAUGCUAAUAAGAAGAGUGCGGCGGAGAGCAUGCUGGACGUAGCGCUGCUGAUGGCUAACGCGUCUCAGCUGAAGGCCGUGCUUGAGCAGGGCCCCGGGUUCAGCUUCUACAUCCCACUGAUCAUACUCAUCAGCAUCUCACUCAUCCUGCAGAUCAUCGUCGGGGUUUUGCUUAUAUUCAUCGUGAAGUGGAAUCUGAACGACGAAAGUAAACACUACCAGCUUAACAUUCUGGAAAACAUCUCCACGUCCCUCGUCUUCAUCAUCGUCGUCGUGAAUAUCUUCAUCACAGCGUUCGGCGUGCAGAGACCCAACACCGGAGCAUGAUCCACACAGAGAAAACACACACACACAAACCAGGUCUGAGGCUGUAAGAGAACUUGAGGGUGACUCGUGUUCUGGGAACCAUGGGGGACGUUUUCACCAUCACCAGACCUGCUGACGUUUCUCCUGACUGUACGAGUGAGUGGACAAGCGCCGACUGCCAGAGACCAACAACACAACCAGGAUUCUGUACAAACCGUCUGCUGAAAAUUCCCUGGUCAGAUUUCACCUUUCACGUGACUGUGAUCACGAGUGCGUUUGGGAUUUAUUGUUAACAACACACGAUGCUGUCUGGGUUCGAAACAAUUCACAAUCAUCACCAAAACAGCAGGGAGAAAAACUUUCACUGCUUUGAUGAAAUGCAUGAACUGUAUUAUAGUGUUAAAGUGUUAAUAUGGUAGGCAUGUGCCGAUGACUGGUUACACCAUGUAUAGUGAUAUUCACAGUGAUGCUAAAAACACUGGCCUUUAUCAAAGUCCUAGAAACGGAGAACACACUGCAGCAUUUAUUUAUCAGUGACACAAUGAAAUGAAUCAGCAUUAAUGAAUCAUCUGCAUUCGACUCGCCCCAGUUUAACGGAGAAAAUUCAGUAGCAGUUAAUGGACAGAGACAAACCUAACACGAACCUUAUUUCACAUAUUUCUGUUCAGAAUUGGGGUUUUUUUCUGCCUUUAACAUUAUCUGACACCUCAACUUUGACGACAUGGAGAUGAUUUUAUUAAUGACGAUGAAUUUUGCUCUUGCCGAGAGCCAGUUAAACACACACCCACACUGCAUGUGCUCAGUCUGCUGCGUGUCUCACACAGUGAGUAAAUGACUCAAUUUAAUCAAGAUGUUGGACAGUUCCAUGUCGUAGCAAAACAGACUUUAACCUUAAAAUAUUCAGUCUGUAAUCAGAGAUCGAAUGAAAUCUUCACGUUAUUUUCUCCGGUUUCACUUUUAAAAACGCUGCAACUUCAUUUGUCUUACAAAAGGUUUUCCCAGACCAUCACACAUACCUUUAUUUAUUAUUCUGCUUCAUUCCUGUCCGAUUCUUCUCUUUCUGUCCUUAAUUUCAGCUCAGACACGCAGACACACUUGUGUUUAUCUCACUAGUACAUCAUUGUUUAAUGCAUUAAAGCUGUUUACUCAAACCAAAGUAAUAUAUAUAUAUAAUAUACAGUUCUGGAAAAAAAUAAGAGCCCACUGCAAAAUAAUCAGUUUCUUAUGUUUUUUUCUUCCAGGUAUUGGUUUCAUGUAUUGGUGAGAUGAACAGUUUUGUUUCAUUUGUUGUGAACUGCUGACAAUAUUUCUCCUAAAUACAAAAUAUAACUAUUGUUAUUUAGAGCGUAUAUUUAAAGGAAAUGACAACACAUCAAAAUAACCCAAGAUCAUACAGUAUUUGCAGAGCUUUAAUAACUCAAAUAAAACAAAAUGCAAAUCAUUUGUAAACAAAUUGUGUUAAUGCUUUGGCUAAAUAACAUUAAGAAAUCAGUAUUUGGUGGAAUAACCCGAUCUGCAUGUGUUUUGGCUCCAUGAUCUCCACCAGUCUUUCACAUUGCUGUUGGGGAACUUUAUACCACUCUUUUUGCAAAAAAGCAAACAGCUCAGCUUUACUUGAUGGUUUGUGACCAUCCAUCUUCCUCUUGAUGACAUUCCAGAGGUUUUCAAUAGGAUUCAAAUCUGGAGAUUGGGCAGUGGUCUCUUAUUUUUUUCCAGAGCUGUAUAUAAAGUGUGUGUGUGUGUGUGUGUGUGUGUGUGUGUGUGUGUGUGUGUGUAAGAGCCAGUUUGUAGGUGGUUUCUUCAUAACGUUGUCUUUUAAGAUUAACACUGAACUGAGUCUAAAACCUUCUGAGUAUUAAAGGAAUAAUUCCAGCAAAAAUCCAGUUUAUAACAUUAUAAUAAAUCUGACCCACAGUUUCGAAGGGCUUCUGAUUAUUCUGGAAUAAUUAUUUUGCACCGAAGCCCACAACCAACCUCCAGUUCAUCAUGGUGUGUGUUUCAGCAUGAAGGAAAUUGAACGCCUUUAUUAAUUUUUUUUUUUCUUAUUGUUCAUUUAAGCACAUAUAAUGACAUCACUUCCUGUUUAAAGACCUUGGGCGAGUCUGGAUCAGCUCUCUAGUUCAGUAGUCAGGGCACUGAUCAGGGAGUCAGCCAUUAAAGUUCACUAGACCGUUCACUCCCUAAACAAUCCCACAAUGCCCGCUGUGUUCUCUCACUGGAAAUGACAUCAUAUUUUCUAAAACGUCUCAGCUUGGAAAAAACCAGCGGACAAACUCUGGGACCAGCUUCCUGUGCAAAUCUAAGCAGCUAUUUCUCAUGAGAGUGAUUACUUAUGCUAUUUUUAAUCUUUAUAGGUUUUAUAUAGAGUUUGUUGUCGAGUCUAAUGACCUUUUAAGUAUUUUAUAAUUUGAAACAAUCCACUAGCGAGACUCUGACCUUGAAGCAGAGUGUCAGAAACACAUCUUGAGUACAGUAAGAGAUUUAUGUGACCUAUAAAGCUGAAAUAUUUGAUGUGUUUGGGUUUGGACUAAGGACUGGGACUGGGACUGGGACUGAGGGAAUGAGAAUGUUGCUGUAUAUUGAGUCAUCAGGGUCACAGGGUCCUGAGCUAGGGCGCUAGAGAGCUGGUUGGGACGUAGCCUCUGUCUUGCUUGUACUGUGUUGUGUAUCAUUAAAUAUAAAUAAACAGUAUUAAUACUGAUAUAUUGAAGAUUGACGCCAUCUAGUGGUCAGGAGACGUGUUCAAUAUCCUGCUGCCUUCAUUUCAGCUCCUCUAUGCAACUGUUUAGCUGAAGAAUGUUGGGUUUUUUUCUGUAAAUAACUUUCGUGUGUGUCUCAUUAUGAAGAAACCAAAUCAGUAAACUUAUUUACUUUAAUGAUUGUUAUAGCACUGUGUAGUUCUUCUUUUUUUUACUAAAAUAAAAAAUGAAAAUUGAUUUAAAAAAUAAAUAAAAAUGAUAACAGAC